AUGGCUCUGCGAGCCUCGGCCUCACCCUCGCCCGCACCAGAAGCACCCGUCGCAAGCGCACCGGGACCUCGCGCGGCGGCACUACAAAAGGUGUUCGCCGGCGCGCUGGCCUCGUCCCUCAAGGCGAACUCGUACGCGAACUUUAGCUCGUGUUUCCCGACGCCCGCGAAAUACUGUCCGACGGCGCUCGAGGGGGUCUGGCGACAGUUGAACACGCGCCUGGAGGAAGAGUGCAUGCGCGACUUUGAAAAGAUUCUGGAGGAGAGACAGGUCAUUGCGGGUUUGAACCAGUGGGAUGACAUGGUCGAUGAGGCGAGGAGGAAAAAGCAUCGCGCCGUGGAAGGCGAGAUGCCAGAGAGAGCAUUGCACACUUUAUCCGCAGACGAAUUGUAUACCGCCCACCUCACACCUUACCUGCAACAAGCCACCGAGGAGCUGAACACGAGAUUACAAAAGUCGCAGCAGGAGAAUGCAGUCAUGAGGGAAGCAGUCUGCGGACAACGGGGCGAAAUUGAGCGGCUGCUGGGCAGCCUUGAACACGCCGUGAAAGAUAUUGAGGGGAGCGUCGAGGCCAUGUGCACAGACGAGUCCAGCGGCUUCAAUGAGCUGAGAGAGGAGUCGUGGCAGAUGGAGCAAGAGGUUGCCGCAACAAGAUAG